AUAUAUGUGAGUAUGUAUAUAUGUGAGUAUUUGCAGAUUGGAUCGGAGAGUUUCAUUAUAAAACUUUACGGGUCGAUGACGACGUAUUCGCACGGAAUAGGAAAUCACGCAAACAAAAGCGUUGUGGACACGGUGCGACGGUUAAAGCCAGCCGCUCUUUUUGACCACAAAAACCAUCGACCGUUUCGCUUUCGAGUUUGCCGCUUUCUCCUAUAAAUGCUCGAAUCUCUGAUAUUCAUCGAUGUGAUUCAGUACGAUCAUUGGAUGGCAAUCAAUUGGUGCGAUAGGCAUUAGUGCUAUAUUAUCACUACUUUAAGGAAAACUUUGGCUAUGUAUAAUUUUGUUUCAUCGUUUUGUCGAUAAAAACUGAAGUGAAAUGGGGAAUGUAUAAAUUAAGCAACACGAUAUAUAGUUUAAACAGAUAUUGCAAAUUAUAGCGUGACAAUAGUACGAUUGUUACGUUACAGUCUAAAUUUUUUAGACGCGUGCUAACAGUUAGAAAACGUGAAGAUGCGAAGUGAUCUGUCGAGAAGAUUGAUGCUGUCCAUAAUUUUGCUGUUAUAUCGCAGAGAUUAUCUCGCGGCAGGCAACGAACAAGUGUGCGAAUCAAAGUUAAACCAUGACGUUUAUGUGCCUUUGAACGAUCUUUCAUGCCAAGACGAUGCUUUGGAUAUUAAGUCGCUUGUCGUCGAGCGAUAUAAACCAACGAGGAAACCGAGCGAAUCACACUUUGAGACUACAGAUGUCCUUGUAUUCACCGUCGCCUCCAACGAGACGGAUGGCUUCCGAAGGUAUCAGAGGUCAGUCGAAAUCUAUGGAUUUCGCGAUAACUUGAAGAUCCUCGGUCUGGGAGACUCGUGGAAGGGCGGUAAAGUAACCUACGAGCCCGGAGGUGGAUACAAAGUUAAUCUUUUGAGAAAGGCGCUAGAGGAUUAUCGAAACGAUGAAAAGAAAAUCGUCUUAUUCACCGACAGUUACGAUGUGAUAUUCCUCGGCGGUCUGUCCGCCAUAGUUGAGCGAUUCCUGAACACCGGCGCUCGAAUUUUAUUUGCCGCGGAGGGAUAUUGCUGGCCGGAUAGAUCUCUUGCGAGCCAAUAUCCGCCGGUGUCGAGAGGCAAACGAUAUCUAAAUUCAGGAUCCUUUAUUGGAUACGCCACUGACUUACUCGCUAUCCUAAACACCGCUCCCAUCGAGGACCUGGCCGAUGACCAAUUGUUCUACACGACUGCGUACCUGAACGACGAGCUCAGAGCGCGGCAUCAGAUCAAGUUGGAUCACAAAUCCGACAUAUUCCAGAAUCUCAACGGUGCGGUAGCCGACGUGGAGCUCAGGUUCAAAGGGGAAGAGGCAUAUCUCCAAAACAUCGUCUAUAAUACAGUACCUCUGGUGCUCCACGGUAAUGGGUUUAGCAAACUGGUUUUAAAUUCCCUCGGCAAUUACCUAGCUCGCGCCUGGACGUCGUACGAAGGAUGUUUAGCCUGUUGGGACCGAACUAUCGAGCUGGACAAGACCAAACCGGAGGCAUACCCGGUUAUCUUGAUAGCCGUUUUCAUCGAACGACCGGUGCCGUUCUUGGAGGAAUUCUUCGAGACUAUUUAUCGCCAGUCCUAUCCAAAAUCGAGACUGCAUUUGUUCGUUCACAACGCCGUACCGCAUCACGAGAGCGUAGUGACGGACUUCUACGAAAGAGUUAGUCAGGAGUAUGUGAGCGCGAACUACAUAUCGGCGAAGCAAGAAGCCAACGAAGUUCACGCUAGAAAACUGGCCAUGAAACAUUGUCUGUUCAACAAGUGCUCCGGAUAUUUCUCAGUCGAUGCGGUCGCGCACUUGGACAACGAGCACACGUUGAAGUUGCUGGUGGAGCAACAGAGAGGGAUCGUCGCGCCCUUACUCAUUCGGCCGUACAAGGCGUGGAGCAACUUCUGGGGUGCCAUUACGGACGACGGAUUUUACGCGCGAAGCUUCGACUAUAUGGAGAUAAUAAAAAACGAACGCAGGGGACUGUGGAACGUGCCGUUCGUCAGUAACUGCUAUCUUAUCAACGCCACUAUCCUAAACAACGAGACGAUCCGUCCGUUUUACGGGAACCCGGAUGGCAACUCGGACACAGACAUGGACACGGAAAUGGCUUUUGCCCAACGAAACCGGCACCAUGGUGUGUUCAUGUACGUCAGCAACAGGCUUGACUUUGGCCACCUCGUCAAUCCCGAUACCUACGACAUCCAACUCGUGUAUCCGGACAUGUACCAGAUCAUGGACAACAAAUUGGACUGGGAGAGAAGAUAUAUUCAUUCCAACUACAGUGAGAGCUUCAAUCCUGACAAGAAGCCGAUUCAGCCGUGUCCCGAUGUCUACUGGUUCCCCAUUGUUACUCGCAGAUUCACGAAGGAACUCAUAGGGAUCGUCGAGUCUUUCGGGCAAUGGUCGGACGGAUCUAAUCACGAUCCACGCUUGUCGGGUGGUUACGAAAAUGUACCGACCCGCGACAUUCACAUGAAUCAAGUUCAGUAUGAGCAACAGUGGUUGUACUUCUUGAAAGAAUAUGUUAGACCCUUACAGGAGCUCGUUUUCACCGGCUACUAUCAUGACCCGCCGCGAUCGCUCAUGAACUUCGUCGUGAGGUAUCGUCCGGACGAGCAGCCGUUCUUGAGGCCGCACCACGACUCGUCAACAUAUACCAUCAACAUCGCUCUGAAUCAAGCGGGAGUCGAUUACGAGGGCGGCGGAUGCAAGUUCAUCCGAUACAACUGUUCGGUCACCGACACGAAGCCAGGCUGGAUGCUGAUGCACCCUGGAAGGCUGACGCACUAUCACGAAGGGCUGCGUGUGAUCGCGGGCACGCGUUACAUUAUGAUCUCCUUCGUGGAUCCGUGAACACUCAAAUCCGCUCUUUGUUAACGAAAGAUUAGGUACUAAUGCAAGCGGAUAAUGACGAAAAAAGAAAAAGGAAAGAUAAUUGGAGGUAUUAGAGAGAAACCAGAUUCUAUAUCGACUAGUUUGUUGUUAUCGAUUAGAGAAACGUCAAUUGUCACCGAUGGACUGAACAGUGCAUUUAAUAAGCCGGGAAAACCGCUCGAUCGAUGUAUUAUUUUUUUACUCCAAUGUCUACAUUGCGCGCCUAAUCAUGCUUUAUAUUUAGUAGGAUCGCAAUUUUUUACAAAGACGAAAUUGUAAUUAUAAUUAAUAAUUACACUCGUUGAAAUAUAUAUCUGAAUUCACUGGUUUUCGAAUGUAUAUAUAUAUAGGGAUCGCUGAUAAAAUUUAUAGUAACUAACGUUACUAAACAUAAUAGAUAUUGUCAUUCAGUCGCGUUAACUCUAUCUCUGAUAUUAUUCUUGGAUAUGGCCGGAAGGAAAGAGAUUCAACAUCUUUUCCAGCUUAACGUUUUCGUUUUCAAUCUUUCAUUGUGUCUAUACAAUUUUUGCAAUAUGUUACAACAUUAGGAACAUUAACAGGAUAAAUAAUUAAAAGUAACGUCACCGAAUAGCAAAUUUUCAAAAAUCGAUUUAAUUACAACGUUGCCCGUUUAUUUACAUAGUAAAAAACGUACCUCCGUCAGAGUUGAUCAUGACGGUACACGAGAGACGUGCACAACUAAUAUUAUUAAAGCCUUGUCGUUUACACUAUAGAGUAAGUACUCAUUGAAGCAACUCAUUACACGGUUGUUCAACGCGAUUUAACUCUCCUGGCCAUUUACUCCGUUUCUUUUCUCCUGUUACCUGUGUGUUCGAAAUACACUGUAACAUCGCCUUAAUUCCAACUUUAAAACACUUGUUCUUUGACCACUUUGUACGUUUAGCGCCGCUUGUCAAUGUAAUGUUUCGUUCUGGAAUGCCAUGCGUUUUAAAGCAAUUGAGAAUGUAGCGAAUAAGUAACAAGCGAAUUAUAUAACACGUUUACACAUUGUAAAAA